CGUCCGCAAAACAAUAGCCUGGUCACAUCGCAUUCGCUGCACACCAUUAUCAUAACGAACUCGCCAUCAUGACGACAGCCAAUACAACUAAAUGGGUCGAUCAUGAUCCUGAGUCAACUUACCAAAAGGAGGAUCCGGAUCUCAGCAAGGAAGCACACGACAUUCUGAUCCAAUACAGCGGCAUCCCCGAAGACAGACUCGUCUCGCACGUCCGCGAAGUAAGGGAAAGAGCCUGGAAGGUCUUUCAAUACCCCUGCAUCGGGAGGUAUUCCUUCCUUGACUUCAGCAUCAGCGAAAGGGAAAGCUAUCCGCAAGUGCUCGAGCGUCUCAAAGGUGGCCAAACGCUGCUCGAUGUCGCCUGUUGCUUCGGCCAAGACGUCCGCAAACUCGUCUACGAUGGCGCUCCCGCUACCAGCGUGUUCGGUAGUGAGUUGGAGCAGAGGUUCGUCGAUCUCGGCUUCGACCUCUUCCAGGACCGCGAUCGCCUUGCAGGCCAGUUCACGGCAGGAGACCUCUUUAGCGACGACCUCGGCGGUCUCGCGGGCAAGCAGUUCGACAUGAUCAACGCAGCGUCCUUCUUCCACCUCUUUUCUUGGGAAGACCAGGUGGACGUCAUGUCGCGUACAGUCCGCCUGCUCAAACCAAAAUCCGGUUCAGUGAUUUUCGGCAGGCAGACCGCCGUGGAUGAAGCGAGGGAACAGGAUCAUCCUGCCAACCCGCGUAGCGGCAAAAUGUAUAGGCAUGAUGAUUCAACGUUUCGGAAACUGGUCAAGGAGGUCGGCGAGGUCACCAAGGUGGAUCUGAAGGUCGAGAUCAAACGGAUCGAGGUCAGGGAAGAGUUGAGGAGCAGCGAUGGAGUGCAUUUCAUCUCAUUCAGCAUUACCGUCGAGUAGACUGCGAAAUGAGAUGGUAGAAUGUCAGCCUCG